GCGGUAGUUUGCCUCUCUAUCAUCACUCUACCCUUCAAGAUCGUGAAUAACUAUUUGGACACACUCAAAAAAACAAAACAAACAAAAAAAAAAAAAGCACGUUAGGACAAAAAGUUUUUUUGGACACUUUUUGCAACCUAAAAAAAAAAAGUUAGAUUUCGUGAAAGAUGCUGGAUCGUUGCAAGACAAUUUCAAUGAAGUUGCCCUUUGGAGUCCUGGCUUGUCUAUUGGUGACUUCUGUUGUAAAUGCAGAUGGUCGAGUGUUUGUGUUGAACCUGAGGAACUCCUCUGGCCUGCAGGGAUUCAGAGACGCCGAGAGGGCUUGUGCCUCACAACAUGCCCGUCUUGCAUCAGCACAGGAGCUCCAUCACGCUGUGGUAGAGUGCUUCUUCUCCCCCUGCACCCGUGGGUGGCUAUAUGGAGGCUCAGUGGGGACCACAGUGUGUAAUAUUGUGGGCAGUGCCUUUAAAGCAGUGGACGUGAGAACACAAAACGCCACAGAAGAUGCUGCCAACCUCAACGCCUUCUGCAUUAAAGACAGAGAUGUGCCUUGUGGGGACCCUCCAUCCUUUCCUAAUGCCCAUCUACAGGAGCACAGUGGGUAUGAGAUGGGGGAUGAACUGCUCUACACCUGUGUGCCAGGGUAUUUAAUGCCCAGCAGACACAAGGCCUUCAGCCUGCUGUGUGACAGCUGUGGAGAGUGGUAUGGACUGGUGGAGAUUUGUGUCAAAGAUGAGACCGAAGGUCAUGUAGACUAUGAGGAUACGUUCCCAGAUUCAUAUGGAGAGGUGGAACAUCACAAUAAAAAACCAGCAGAGGCUCAUGGGGAGGUGUAUGAGGAGAUCCAUGUUCCUGUUUACCCAAGUCAAGAGCCACAAGAGACAAGCUUCAGUGUCAUAGUGGAGAAAGAGCAUCAAGACCAACGGGAAGAGCAUGAUGCGGAUGGAGAGGUGACUGGAAGAAACGCUGAAGGAGUAGAAAGAGACGAGGAACGCCCUGUUGAGGACUUUAUAGGCCAUCCGAGGUGGGAGCAGGAGAGGAGGGAAGUGGUUACGACUGAUGCAGCUCCAGCAACGCAAGCACCUGUGUCCCUACUAUCCCAGAAACACCUCUUCUGGUUUCCAUCUGAGGCUUUUCAGGAGCAGGGUCCUGUCUCCACUAAUCCAGUCACACAGACUACUCAGAGAGCCUCAGGCGCCCAAUCAGAGGAGAGCAAAGAGCAGGAGAGCCAAGAAGGGAAGGACCACCACCAGCAUCCUGCUCAUACUGACGACCAUGACAUGAGCCAGAUGAUGGAUCAAGACGCAGAUGACCAAUCUGAUCAUAACGACAGAAGCCAUGACGACCGGGAUGCUGAUGAAGACAGCCAUCACGAUGAUCAGGACGACCCUAAUAGUCACCAGGAAGAAGAUGACCACGAUGACCAUGUGGAACAUUACGUUCCAGCUCAGCAUGAUAGAAGGGACCACAAUGAAAAGCACGAAGACCACGAUGACCAUUAUGACAUGGGAGAACACGAGGACGAGCGAGAUCGCGUCCGCUACGGCAGCCAGGAGUACGAUGAUCGAGACGACACGUAUGACGAACAUGAAAGUUAUGAAGAUCACGAGGAUUUAACUGACGAUCGUGACAAAGACAAUCAACAACAACCUGAUGGCUCAGAGGAACAUCCAGACCACGAUGACCAUGACGACGACCAGCGUGAGGAGCAUUAUGACCCGGAGGAUGAUGAUAUCGACCAUUACCCUGAUCACCAUGAUCACCAUGAUCACGAACACGACGACCAUGACAGUUAUGACGACCAUGACAGCCAUGAAGAGGUAGAUGACGGUCAUCAGCAUGUUAUCUUCUCUAUAGCAAAGGAUGAUCGCCACAACAUCACUCAGACGGUGACAGGAGAAGAGACGACCACAGAUGACACCUGGUUAGACGGCUACCCUGUUGUUCAAGUGGGAGCAGAAAAUGGGGAUUCCACAACAGAAAGACCGAGGGGGACGGUCGUCAGGACCACAGACAAACCCAAAGAUGUGGAUAUUCAUGGACCUGUGCCUUACACAAACUCACCAGAGAUCCAUGAGUCUAAUACUGACCCGUCCUUAGAACAACAAGGGGGCGUAGAGGAGAUGUUAACCAUUACUCCUGCAACCUUGCAGCCUUCAGAUUCCCCCGCACACCCUGACACCCUCGACUACGACACACAGCAAGCAGCUCCCACCCGCCCAUGGAUUGGUGGCCCAACUGAGCACCCCUUCCUGGAGCAAGACCCAGCUCCACCAAUGCAUGACGGCGACAUACUCACUGGAGGGAUGGGGCACACUGUGCACGACCUCCCUGGCGAGACCGGUGAGAGGGAUGAGAUGGAGGGAGAGUUGGGGGAGGUGAUGUGCACGGGGGAGAACUGUACUGCUCCUCCUCCAAGCUCCUCCAGCCGUGGGCCCACCGUGGCAGCCAUAAUCGCAGUGGUGUGUAUGGUUGCUGCUGCAGUCUUUGUUGGAGUUUGGUGUUACCGACGGCAAAGGCAGAAGAGCUCGAUGUAUGAGAUGAACGGAAAGGGUCAGAGUCAGAGUCAGAGCAGGCAGGGCCAACAGAUAGAGAUGCAGCAAAAAGUGUAAGAGUGGGAGGUAAAUAAAGAAGGACUCUGAAAGAGGACAGAGACCUCAAUGAGAUUUUGAAAGAUUCAGAUGUGAGGAAACGCAGCCAUUUAUCAUGCUAGAAAAUACUGCAGAAGUGAAGAUUUUGGGUACUUAAUAACAGAUGAGAUCUGCUACAGCCCUGUUCUGACAGGCGAAACAUAUCUAUGUGCUGAAAAUGUUAUGGAAAACAGGGUGACAUGAUGCUUAACAUAGAGAAACCAAACAGGAUUGUAGCAGUUCUGCUUCUCCCAUUCAUCCAUUUUAAGGAAAUGUAGUCAUCUUUGUUAUGACUACCCACUAUUUUCUAACACUUAACAUCUAGCUGAACAGGUAAGGGGGCUGUAUCUGGAUUGGACUCAACUCCAGAGACUAAAAACAGUCCUUAUAAGGACAUGACCAUGUAAGAAAACCACAAGAAGGCAUGCCUUCUCUGUCUGAAUAUAUAUACCAAGACUUUAAACUCCAAAACUAUUGGACAUUGUGGUAAAGAUUUUUUUUUUAUGUUAUUUGUUUGGCCUUUGCCUUUUUCUGUUGGGACAGCCAAAGAGACACAAGAAAUGUGGGGAGGGGGAGAGUGAGGAUGAUAUGUGCAAAAUGGCCGCAGGCCCUGAGUCCAUUGACGUGUGCAUCUAGGAAUUGGUCUCUAUCGUGGGGCAUCUGCCAACUACCAACUGAGCUUAACCAGCCCCUCUCUUGUUAUUUUUGUUGACUUUGUUUACUGCUUGUUCAUCAUUGAUUUAGUUUUGUUGUUCUUCUCAAUCUUUUCUGUUUGAUCGAGUAUCAUACGGAUAAAAUUCAACUCCACAACAAGAUUGUGAAGUUCAGUGCAACUCAGAAUAUCUUUUGGGCAGGUAGUCCAAAUAAGUGACUUGGCUGCUUUCAAACAAGCAUGCCCGUGGUUAUGGAUGAUAACAGUAAGGGUUAGAACGGAUUAGAGGGUUUAAUGACAAGUAAGAGAGGAAAGGGAAGGAAAAAAUAUGUUGGGAAAGAUGUGAGACGGCAGGUUGGCAGUAGAAACAAUUGAAGUCUUCUGCCUCUAAGUUUUGACAGCCUACUGGUGAGAGAUAUGGAGCGAGAGUCCAUUGAGACUGAGACUCAGCCCACAAUAUGUUUAUGUGGGUGUGUGUGUGUGUGUGUGUGUGUGUGUGUGUGUGUGUGUGUGUGUG